CGGGAUUACUCCGUGUUCUCUCAGGAAGAAGAGUAGCCGGGCCCAUCUGAAAGGGAGUCACACCUGGAACUCGGCACCCAGGCGGUCACCCUGAAGGACCUGCAGAGGAGCCUGUGUCCUGCUGGCCUUAGGCGGCUCCAUUACUGGCCAGUCGAGAUGACCACAGCCACCCCUUUGGGGGGUACCACCUUCUUCUCAUUGAACAUGACCACCAGAGGAGAAGACGUUCUGUACAAGAGUUCUGGAGCCAUUGUUGCUGCCAUUGUGGUGGUUGUCAUCAUCAUCUUCACCGUGGUUCUAAUCUUGCUGAAGAUGUACAACAGGAAGAUGAGGACAAAGCGGGAGCUGGAACCCAAAGGCCCCAAGCCAGCGUCCCCUUCUGCCCUGGACCCAAACAGCAACAGCAGCCAACACCCUGCAACUGUGACCUUCAGCCCUGUUGAAAUCCACGUGGAGACUCGGUGACACCCACCCUGGAGCUGUCUCGGCCACUAUCCAAAGAGCGUUCAGUCAAGACCAAGAAGCGCAUUUCUCCUCCGGCAGCUUCAUUCUAAGUUCCUUCCAGUCAGGUCAACAGGGGCAUCUCUUAUGCGAUUCCUGAUGCUUCAGGCAGCCCCUAACCCCGUCCUGCCCUGCCCUGCCCCACCCCAACUCGGUCCAUAUCCCUCCUGCCACCCUUCCAAAAAACUGUGGAACAUUCUUUCAUCAUCUGAGGAGGUAGAGCUAUGUUGGGAAUCCACUGAUGUGGGUUUGGUGGUCUCCCCCCAAACACAAUAGCUAGACAGACAGGCAGACAGGCAGACAGACAGCCCAGGAGUCUUCUGGUCUGGAGUCAGGGGUCAGGGCAUGUUCCUGAGAGAGUGUGCCCUGGGAUUAUAUCAGAGUAAGGACCAUAUCCACAGCUUUGCGGAGCAAAAUAUUCAAGCCCACAGUCAGGCAUUGGGGAACUAACUUGGACUAACUAGCCAGAAAACCAACUCGCUAAUUUAGAACUUGUUUUAGUACUAGAUGACCGCUAGCACCACAUGACGACUGGUCAGCACAUUUCCCUCUUUAGGAAAGGUUAUGGGAAGAACUGGAGUCUUCUCCAAAGGCAUCUAAUUCUUUAGUGAAUAGUCAGAUAGAAGGCAUAGGAUGACCCUGAGGAAGGAAGAAUGGCUUCUAGGUUGAAAGCUUGUUGCAGUGUCCAUGGGCCUGGAAUGAGCCUGGCGACUGGUCAGGGUCCUUCUUCCCCCUCCCCGCCCCGGGGGCUGGAUUAACCUUGACUCAGUCUCACUUCUCGCCUUCCUGAUAUUUGGACUUGAAGCAGUCCUCAGUCUUCAGUUAUCGCCUUGCCUCCAAGGUCCUUGGAGACUGAUUAGAUUAGAGUUCUAUUUGUGUUACCUCUGCCCUUCCUGGUCACCUUGCAAAGAUUCAGGACAUACUCAGAAUACCACAUUCACAAACCAUUUCUCUGGACAGAGAUCAUCUCUUUGACUCCUUAGCCUGGAGAACAAUCUAUUAACAGGGGAAAACAUUUGGGGAUUAGGAAGACUUGCCUUCCAAGCCCCAUGGUUGUGUGGCUCGGAAAAGUGCUUUGACCCCUCUGUAUGCUGUUUCCUAACCAUAAAAUGGGAAUAGCAUCUGCCUCACUGGGUACCAAGUCAAGGACUUAAUAAAGCAGCUUGGGUGGUGCCUGGCACCCAGCAGAUGCUUUAAAAAUGGGAGCCAGCAUUAUUAUUAUGAAUUUCUUCUAUUGUAAGACAUACAUGUAUUCCCAUUUUAAUGAAUCUGAAAUUAGAAUAUGUCUUAAAAUUGAUGAGUCCAUUCAUGAGGUUGCCUUUUUUUUUCUCUCUCAAAAAGCUGAUUUUAAUCAAUUGUAUGUUUUACAAUUGAAGACAUCUUGGAUACAGGUAAUAAAUCUGUAUUCUGUUAGAGAAAGUGACACCCUCUGACACUCUACUUUAAAUUCUAGGAGUCUCUCUUUCUUGGGGUUAGAAGUCCUUUUUGAGGGAAAACUGAGGCUUCAGAAAGUAAGAAGCCUGACCGAAGGUCAUACAGUUCAUGCCAUCCCAUUGCAAAAGUGCUCCCUUGACUGUGGAGAAAUACUGGCAAGUUCUUUUUCCUCAGACUUCUUUUCUCCUAACUGUGUUUAAAUAUCCACCAAGCACCAGAUACUUUGCAAAGUGCUUUCCCAUAAGUUAUCUCAUAGGAUCUAUUUUCCUCAAUAACCCUGGAAAGUAUUAUUUUUUCCAUUUGCCAAUAAGAGUUUCAAACUCAGAGAGAUACACUCUCCUAAAGUCACACAGCUAGCAAGUUGCAAAGACAAGACUCAAACCCAGGCCUCUUUGACUCCAAAGUCCAUCUUUUGGUGAUGUCACACUCUUCCCUAACAUCCUGGCUCAAAGAACGUGGAUUUUUUUGUGAGACGAACAAGAGGAGGACAGGCUUGUCCGUGUGUCCGAGUGGAGGUCGGCGGGUCUAGCUUCCACACCCAAAGUGGAGCAAAACCACUUUGGUAACCUCCUUUGAGCCUCCGAUUGUAGCCACAGGGGCCCUUUCUGAACCCAUUCAGGCUCUUAGGAGUCCUGCAUCAUUCCUCCUACCACUAAGGCCAACGAGCAAAGAAUGAGAUGGCCUCGAACCAGAACAAAGCCAUUUAAUGACUCAAACCCCAAAUAGAUAUGUUUCCCAAAUGUAUUCUUCUUUUAAAAAAAAAUUGUUUGGAAUGUUCUAGCCCUAAAACCAAACUCUUCUGCCCACAGUGGACUCUUCCUGGAAUGACUAGAGGAAGUACCCUCUAGUAUACGUUCUUUUGCUAAAGAAAGCUUGGAAAGGAAAGAGGGGGAGGUAGAGAGGUGGUCAGGGAGGCAAAGAAAAGGGUGAUAGUGUUUUGUUUUUGUCUAAUGAAGAUAACUCAGUCAUCAUCCUUUAAGGGCUCCUGUGUCCAAGUGAGGUGCUACUAAACACAGUAAGCCGUGGCCCCUGCUCUCACAAAGCCUGCAGCUGGCCUCCUGAGGCAGGGGUUGUGCAACACUGUCAUUACCACGUUUCUGACAGGUGCCUUUCCUAACCAAGCAGGUGCUGCCUUAUUGGGUCACUGAAUCAGUAAAUGAUACUAAAUGCUUAAAGAAAAAAUGCCUAAAAAUAAAAAGGUUUAAA